AUGGCUCACAAGACAGCCGGCGGUAACGCCGCUUUCCACAACUUCAACAAUGACUUUGCGCAUAUUGAAGACCCCAAUGAGCGACGCCGACUUGCCCUCGCUGAGAUCGACAAGGCGCCCUUCGGCUGGUACCAUGUGCGCGCCAUUCUUGUCGCUGGUACUGGUUUCUUCACAGACAGCUACGACAUCUUUUGCGUCUCUCUCUUGACGAUCAUGCUGGGUAUCGUCUACAAGCAUGAUAACAAAGGUGUUCUCCUCACCCAACAGGACACAGCUAUCAAGCUUGCGACCUCAGCUGGUACUGUUCUUGGACAAGUUGGCUUCGGUACCCUUGCCGAUAUCGUCGGUCGCAAGAAGAUGUACGGUCUUGAGUUGAUCCUCAUCAUCGUCGCCACACUUGCUCAGUCCCUCACUGGCCCCGGUCCCGGAACUUCGAUCGUUGGUCUGAUCAUCUUCUGGCGUGUACUGAUGGGAAUUGGUAUUGGUGGAGACUACCCGCUAUCCUCUAUCAUCACCUCGGAGUUCGCCACCACCAAGUGGCGCGGUGCUAUGAUGGGUGCUGUCUUUGCUAUGCAAGGUUUUGGUCAGCUUGGUGGUGCCCUUGUCAUGCUUUGCUUAGUCGCUGGCUUCAAGGAUACCCUCAAAGGAGUUGCUGGCUACGCGGACUGCGACGGUCAAUGCGCUGUAGCUGUCGACAAGAUGUGGCGCGCCCUCAUCGGGAUUGGUGUCGUCCCAGCUUGCAUUGCGCUUUACUACCGCCUUACUAUCCCCGAGACGCCCCGCUACACUUUUGAUGUCGCCCGUGACGUCGAGAAGGCCAACGAAGACACCAAGCAGUAUCUCUCCGGCAAGCACGGCAACGGUAGCCCUGACGCAAUCACCCAGGCCGCCCAGCUCCAGUCUACUGCUCAGCUUGAAGUUCCCAAGGCGUCUUUCGGCGACUUCUUCAGAUUUUAUGGCAAGCUCCGUAACGGCAAGAUUCUUUUCGGUACUGCCAUGUCAUGGCUACUCCUUGACGUCGCAUUCUACGGACUGGGUCUGAACUCGUCUACUGUGCUACAGGCUAUUGGCUACGCUAGUGGUACAACUCUCUACGAGAAGCUUUACAACCUUGCUGCUGGUAAUGCUAUCCUGGUCUGUGCUGGCGCUAUCCCCGGAUACUGGUUGGCAGUCGCAACCAUUGACACUGUUGGACGCAAGACCCUGCAACUGGCUGGUUUCACGAUACUCACCAUUCUUUUCAUCGUAUGGGGAUUCGCCUACAGUCACCUUAGCCACCACGCCAUGUUGGCCAUCUAUGUCCUGAUCCAACUCUUCUUCAACUGGGGUCCCAACACCACCACCUUCAUUGUUCCUGGAGAGUGCUUCCCUACCCGCUACCGUUCCACAUCUCACGGUAUCUCUGCUGGUUCAGGAAAGAUUGGCUCCAUCAUCGCUCAAGGAGCUAUUGCUCCUCUCCGAACCCGAGGCCAUGUUACCAAGGAGAACGCCAACCCUUGGUUGAACCACGUCAUGCAGAUCUUCUCUGCUUUCAUGUUCGCGGGUAUCUUCACUACUCUGUUGAUUCCAGAGACAAAGCGCAGAACUCUAGAAGACCUUGCUCAAGAUUGGGAUAUGGGCGAUGAGUCUAUCACUGGUGCGGAGCACGCCGUGCGCAAAGACAACCGCAGCAGCGACGAGGCUGGCACCACUGAGCUCAAGGCUUAG